AAAACCACAGAAGAAGAAUCCUCUCGUGUUUGUCUGGCUGCUGUGGAGUUUGUAGAAACAGCGAACAAAACUUCACCACCUGUGAGGAAGACCGGCUUUCCCAUUAUGGCGUUAAACUUCACCAUCAACACCAGCAACCCCCCUCUAGGAGCGCUCCUGGCAGCAGAGCACGUGAAGGGCAGUGUGCAGGUAUCUGUGGAGGAAGGCAAAGACACGAGCCUUCAUGUCUCAGAUGCGAUCCAUUUCCACGAUGCUAACUCCAUCAGCCGCUACUUGGCUCGCGUGGCUCCCGCUCUGGGUCUUUAUGGAGCCAACAUGAUGGAGCAGACUGAGGUCGACCACUGGUUAGAGUUCAGUGCCCAGCGGUUGUGUGGUCAGCCUGGUUUGCCCGCUGCAUUGGGAGAACUUGACAAGGCGCUUUCCCUGCGGACCUUCCUCGUUGGACACGGCGUCACCCUCGCUGACCUUUCUGUCUGGGCAUCCCUCAAAGGUCAUGGCGAAUGGCAAGGCCAGAGCAAAUCCUUCACACAUGUCAGUCGCUGGUUCUUUUUCCUGAGCUCGCAGGUUCCCUUCACGGCGGUGGGAAACAAGUAUGCCAAGAAGAACCCUCCAAUGAGCAAAUCCAACUCGGAUGAGAAGAAGCAGGACGUUGGCAAGUUUGUGGAAUUGCCAGGAGCCGAGAUGGGCAAGGUGGUGGUUCGAUUCCCUCCUGAGGCCAGCGGAUACCUGCACAUCGGCCACGCCAAGGCUGCUCUGCUCAACCAGCACUACCAGGUCACAUUCAAAGGCAAGCUCAUCAUGCGCUUCGAUGACACCAACCCCGAGAAGGAAAAGGAGGACUUUGAGAAGGUGAUCCUGGAGGACGUGGCCAUGCUCCAGAUCCACCCUGACCAGUUCACCUACACCAGCGACCAUUUCCCCACCAUUAUGCGAUUUGCUGAGCAGCUGCUCUCUGAGGGCAAAGCCUACAUCGAUAACACUCCUCCCGAGCAGAUGAAGCUGGAGAGGGAGCAGCGCGCCGAGUCCAAAUGCAGAAAUAACACCGUCGAGCAGAACAUGAAGAUGUGGGCCGACAUGAAAGCCGGGACAGAGUUUGGUCAGACCUGCUGCAUGAGAGCCAAGAUGGAUAUGAGCUCCAACAACGGCUGCAUGAGAGACCCCACCCUGUACCGCUGCAAGAACACCCCCCACCCCCGCACCGGGAGCUCCUACAAAGUCUAUCCAACAUACGACUUUGCCUGUCCCAUCGUGGAUAGUUUGGAGGGGGUGACCCACGCCCUGAGGACCACCGAGUACCACGAUCGCGAUGAGCAGUUCUACUGGUUCAUUGAAGCGCUCCGCCUCAGGAAGCCUUACAUCUGGGAGUACGCCCGACUCAACCUCAACAACACGGUGCUGUCCAAGAGGAAGCUCACCUGGUUCGUGGAGCAGGGCUACGUCGACGGAUGGGAUGACCCUCGUUUCCCCACAGUCAGAGGAGUCCUGAGGAGAGGGAUGACAGUCGAGGGUCUGAAACAGUUCAUAGCGGCCCAGGGAGGAUCACGGUCAGUGGUGAACAUGGAGUGGGACAAGAUCUGGGCCUUCAAUAAGAAGGUUAUCGACCCAGUGGCUCCCAGGUUCACGGCUCUGUCCAGCUCCUACGUGGUUCCUGUUUCUGUCGCAGAGGCUGCAGAGGAGAUGAAGGAAGUGGCCAAACACCCUAAGAACGCAGAGGUGGGCAUGAAGGAGGUUUGGUACGGACCUCGUGUUCUGGUUGAAGGCGCGGACGCUGAGACGUUUUCAGAGGGAGAGACGGUCACCUUCAUCAACUGGGGAAACCUCAUCAUCACCAAGAUCAACAAAGGGUCUGAUGGGAAGGUUCUGUCCAUGGACGCUCGCCUGAACCUGGACAACAAGGACUUCAAGAAGACCACAAAGAUCACAUGGCUGGCUGAGACGAGCAGCGCCCCCCUGCUGCCCGCCAUCUGCAUCAACUACCAGCCUCUCAUCUCCAAACCCGUCAUCACCAAAGAGGACGACUUCAAAGACUUCAUCAACAAAAACAGCAAGUUGGAGGAGAAGAUGCUCGGAGAUCCGUGUCUGAAGAACCUGAAGAAAGGAGACGUCAUCCAGCUCCAGAGACGAGGUUUCUACAUCUGUGAUCAGCCCUAUGAGCCAGUCAGUCCUAACAGCUGUAAGGAGAGUCCGUGUGUCCUGCUCUACAUUCCUGACGGACACGUCAAAGAGAUGCCGACUGCCGGAUCCAAGGACAAGAGCAAGAGCCAGGCCUCCGGUAACACGCCUGCUGCUUCAUCAAAGGCUGCGUCCGUAAAGGCUGCCUCGUCAAAGGCCGCGCCCGCCUCCUCCCCAGCACCUGCCUCAGCCUCCGCCCCAGCCGGAGACUUAUUCUCCAGCAUUGUAGCACAAGGUGAAACUGUACGCCAGCUGAAGACCGCCAAGGCCCCCAAAGAAGAAGUGGACAAGGCGGUUCAGCAGCUGCUCUCUCUUAAGGCACAGUUUAAGCAACAGACCGGCGUGGACUACAAGCCAGGCAUGGCUCCUCCCACCACAGCUACAGCCCCGCCCGCCAUGUCAACAGACACUGCCUCUUGUCCGUUCACCCGUGUUACCCAGCAGGGGGAGGUGGUCAGGAAGCUGAAAGCAGAGGGAGCAACUAAGGACCAGAUCGACGUAGCGGUGAAGCAGCUCCUGGCUCUCAAGGCAGAGUUUAAGAAGCUGACCGGUCAGGAUUACAAGCCGGGGAUGGCCCCUUCCUCUCCUGCCUCCUCUGUUCCUUCUUCUGCAGCCAAGUCCUCCGCUUCCUCCUCUUCCUCUUCUUCUUCUUCCUCCUCCUCCUCCUCUCCUUCAGGCCUGUAUGAGCGCGUUUCACAACAGGGGGAGGCUGUGAGGAAACUGAAGUCUGAAAAAGCCCCCAAGGACCAGGUUGAUGCAGCGGUGAAACAGCUGCUGGCCCUGAAGGCAGAGUACAAACAGGCCACAGGUCAGGACUACAAGCCUGGAGCGGCUCCAGUUCAGAAAGCCGCCGCGCCCGCACCAGCCCCCGCCCCCGCACCAGCACCAGCACCCGCCCAGAACACCUCCGGAUCUGCUCCUGCUGGCGGCCUGUACGAGAAAGUGGCUGAGCAGGGAGAGGUGGUGAGGAAGCUGAAGGUUGCAAAAGCCCCCAAGGAUCAGGUGGAUGCUGCAGUGAAGCAGCUGUUGGCUCUUAAAGCAGAGUACAAACAGCAGACUGGACAGGAUUACAAACCAGGAGCAGCCCCUGCCAGCCCGGCCCAGACGCAGUCCAGCGCUCCUUCAACCAACUCAGCCCCGCAGGCCCAGCAAUUAUUCUCCCAGGUAUCCCAGCAGGGGGAGCUAGUGAGGAAGUUAAAGUCUGAGAAAGCCCCUAAGGAGCAGGUGGAUCAAGCCGUGAAGACCCUCCUGGACCUGAAGGGCCAGUACAAGACGCUGACCGGGGAGGACUACAAACCAGUGGCCGCCGCAGGAGCCAGCGGAGGAGAGGACAAAAACCGCAAAGAGAGGGAGAACAAGUCUGAGAAACAGGGAGGAGGUGGAGGUGGAGGAGGGAAGAAGGGCAAAGGAGACAAAGGCAACCAGGGGAAAGAGGCCUCAGGAGGAGCAGGAGGCUCAGGAGAGGGUCAGGGGCCGAAGAAACAAACACGGUUGGGCUUAGAGGCCAAGAAAGAGGAGAACCUCGCCGACUGGUACUCUCAGGUCAUCACUAAAGCAGAGAUGAUCGAGUACUACGACGUGAGCGGCUGCUACGUGCUGCGGCCCUGGUCCUUCUCCAUCUGGGAGUCCAUCAAAGAGUUCUUCGACCGCGAGAUCAAGAAGCUGGGCGUCGAGAACUGCUACUUCCCCAUGUUCGUGUCGCAGGCCGCGCUGGAGAAAGAAAAGUCCCACAUUGAAGACUUUGCUCCAGAGGUUGCCUGGGUGACCCGGUCAGGAAAGACUGAGCUGGCCGAGCCCAUUGCUGUGAGGCCCACCAGUGAGACAGCGAUGUACCCCGCCUAUGCUAAAUGGGUCCAGUCCCACAGAGACCUGCCAAUCAAACUCAACCAGUGGUGUAACGUUGUGAGAUGGGAGUUCAAACAUCCACAGCCCUUCCUGAGGACCAGAGAGUUUCUGUGGCAGGAGGGUCACACAGCCUUUGCCACCAAAGAGGAGGCAGCUGAAGAGGUGCUUCAGAUCCUGGAUCUGUACGCCAGGGUGUAUGAAGAGCUGAUGGCGAUCCCCGUGGUGAAGGGGAGGAAGACGGAGAAGGAGAAGUUUGCAGGAGGAGAUUACACCACCACCGUGGAGGCUUUCAUCUCAGCCAGCGGCCGAGCCAUUCAGGGUGCUACGUCCCACCAUCUUGGACAGAACUUCUCCAGGAUGUUUGAGAUCAUGUUUGAGGAUCCAAAGAGGCCGGGGGAGAAACAGCUAGCUUUCCAGAACUCCUGGGGAAUCACCACCAGGACCAUCGGGGUCCUCACCAUGGUGCACGGAGACAACAUGGGACUCGUGCUGCCGCCCAAGGUGGCCUGUUUGCAGGUUGUCAUCAUCCCAUGUGGCGUCACCGCUUCGCUGCCAGAGCAGGACAAAGAGGCUCUGAUGGCUCAGUGCUCGAAAUAUAACAGCAGGCUGCUGCAGGCCGACGUCCGGGUGAAGACUGAUGUCAGAGACAACUACUCCCCCGGGUGGAAGUUCAACCACUGGGAACUCAAGGGAGUCCCGAUCCGUCUGGAGGUCGGUCCUAAAGACAUGCAGCAGCGACAGUGUGUGGCUGUGAGGAGAGACACGGGAGCUAAGGUGACGAUUCCAGAGGCGGAGGUGGAGAAGAAGCUGGUGGCCAUGUUGGAGGACAUCCAGAACAACCUGUUCAAGAAAGCUUCCGAUGACCUGAAGAACAACAUGGUGGCUGUAGACACGAUGGAAGAGUUCCAGAAAGAGAUGGACAAGGGCAAGAUCGUCCAGAUUCCGUUCUGUGGAGGGAUUGAGUGUGAGGAUUGGAUCAAGAAAACCACUGCCAAGGACCAGGACCUGGAGCCUGGAGCUCCAUCCAUGGGAGCAAAGAGCCUCUGUAUCCCCUUCUCCCCCCUGAAGACGCUGCAGCCGGGCCAGAUGUGCGUCAGCGGCAAGGAGGCUGCUCAGUACUACACCCUGUUUGGACGCAGCUACUAAAAAGCUGCUCUACUUAAAUACCGUACUCCGUAAAGGGCUCUCACACCUUCUCUCAUUUUAUCCUUUUCUCUAAUCUCAUGGGGGGGGGGGGUACGUAGGGUAACAGGUAUAUGGAGGUGACUGGGAUUAUGUUUCUGUAUUUGUAUUAACAAAUCGUCUAACAGAAAAAACGUUUGUAGCACUGUUCCUCUCCCACACGGCUGUUUCCUCUUUCAGUGAACACUCAUGAUGAAUGAACACUGUCUGUGUCUCACUGUGUGAGGAAGGAUAACACCCGACAGCUGGCCCAUAGAGCAUGACAUUACCUUUCUGUUUGCAGUCCUUUCAAAACGCUUCACCUAAAAUGUCAAAUUGACGCUGUUGAAUUUAAAAACCACUUCUGAAUUACAACCCAUCUUAGUUUAAGUUUUUUAACGAUUUUGAAAUAAUGAAAAGUGUUUUCCUGAGAUCUGGGGGAAGGGUCUCUGUGUCUGCCAGCGGUCUUAUCUCCAAACUGUCUCAGGACCUCUGCAGAUUCUCGUUGUCAUCGCCGCCCUCCUCCUCCUCUAUUCAUUUUGAGUGGUUACCGUUUGUGGUUCAUUGUUUCCGACUUAAUAAAAGUAAUACAGCCGAGCCAGAUGACGACCUAUAUUGUUACUGUUCAAUCAAAACAGCCCUGUGUCCACUUCUCUCCUGUCUCCCUCUUCUUUGUGGAUAAUAAAGUCAUUUCCAUGGCAA